AAAAGCUGAUUUCUCGAAAACAGCAAAGUCGAAGUAGCAUGAAAAAGAAGUAAAUAUAAACAAUAAAGUAUGGCCGGAAAGAAAUUUGAAAAAGGAAAAAAUCGGGCUACAAGCUCUCUUCCGCCGUCAAUUUUAAAACUUAGUGACAAAAUAGGUCUGAGGAAAGUGCCAGAUGAUUAUAUUAAAUCUUUUUUGAAGGAAAUAUUGCCAAACUCUUCUUACAAAUUAGAUGAUUACAAACAAUAUAUUUUUAGUUUUGAUAAAUUUAAGAAAAGAAACAAAGCUAUUCAACGGAAGAAAAGAAAAACUUUAUUGAAUGCGCAUGAACAACGUGAAUUGGCCAUUUUUAAAUUGGAUCCCAAUGCAACAAAAUUCCAGAACUUCAUUCCUAUUAAUGAAUUAUGGAAGCAGUAUAUGAAAAAUAUGUUGGAAUUAAAAGAAUCUUUACCUAGUGAUUUAUCCAAUGUACAUAUCAAACUUGCUAAAGCUGAUUAUCAUGGAUGUAUGAUAGUAGUAGCAUCAUCUAUUUGCCCACAUUAUGUUGGUAUUCGUGGUAUUGUGAUACAAGAAACAAAAAAUGUUUUCAGGAUUAUUACACCAGAAGAUAAAGUAAAAACUGUACCGAAAAAAGGUAGCAUCUUUUGUUUCACAUUAGGAGAAAAUGUAUUCAAAAUUUAUGGUGACAAUUUUAUGAAACUACCAUAUGAAAGAAUGAAGAAGUUUAAAAGACAAUUUGUUGUAGACCCUUAGUCCUAAUAAAAUUUGUAUAAUUAUUAAA